AUGAACUAUAGCUCUUAAAACGAAUAUUAUAGUAGAGAUUCAAAAAUACUAAGAUAGAGUAGUCUUAAUUAAAAGAAAAUAGAAACGUAGAUAUCAUUCACAAAAUCUCCAUUAAAGGAUAAACGCAAGUUCAAUGAUGAAUAUGAGGGGGCAAUUAAUAAUAGUUAUCAAAUCCAAUAGAACAAUUUUAUUAACAGAGCUCGUUUAGCUCCUUAGCCUAUGUUUAAAACUACUGUAUAAAAACAUGGAGUUAUAAAACAUGUGUUAAGAAGUACAGAAAGAAUACAUUCUGAAUCUUAAAAACAUCAUCAAAAUUUAACAAAAAAAAGAUCUGAAAGAAAUAUAUUUUAUAAUAAAUUGAUUUCUGUCUCUACGAAUCGAUCAUAUAAAAAAAUUAAAUAGGAAUAUUUCAAAACAAACGAUAAAAUUGAUUUUAUUUCUAGAGCAGAGAUUAGUUAUCUAUAAAAUAGUGAGAUUAAUGUUAAACCUCUUCUUGGUGAUACAUCAAUAUAAAUUAAUCGUUAUGAAAAUAAAUUGAUAGGGAAAAAUAAAUAUUAAAUUAUAUCUUAUGCAAAGAAAGAAGAAAAAUAAAAUAUAUUGAAUUAAACAGAAAACUCAAUGAUUGAUGAUGAUAUAUCAGAAACAAAUAUUUUAGUUUUUAAAUCUAAGAAAAAGUUUUGA